GUGGCAGGGCCGGUCAGGUCCAAUGAAAGCACUCAUGAAAGAUCAGUGGUUGGGCUUGAAUAUGUAGUUUUUGAACCGUGUGACCUCUCCAAGGCCGAAAAAGUGUUUUCCAGCUGUUAUCUGUGUCAGAUUGCCCGUAAUAUCCAUGUCCGAUUGUUGUAGUCUAUGUCCGAUUUUCUCACAGGAAUAGUAUGGUAUUGCUUGUGCAUAUCGCCACAGCCAGAAUUAACUUCUGUAUGUUCAUGGUACCAGUGCUAGGCCAGCUCUUGCCACCAGAUGGGGUCUGAAGUGCUAGACUUCUGCUCAGUUGGCCUCUGCCUGGAGAUAACAUCCAGCUCAGCAUGCAGCGAUGGGUUUGAACCAUCUAACCUGCUAGUGGACGACGACUGUGGCUUCCUGGCAGCUGGCUUUGUGCGGCCGCCAGUCAGCCUGACACUGCGCUUCUGCUGUCCUGUGGUGCUUCGCCAGGUGCGGCUCGGUCUACGCCUCCGCCAGCAGCAGACCACUGGCGUUCAGCUGCUGGUGGCUGCCAGCGAGGGCAACGCUUGGCUGCCGGUCGGCUCACUCUGGGAGCGACACGGCGAGCCGCCGCCGCACGAGGAGGCGGCGCGCGUCCUGCUGGAGCGGCUCGGGCCGAGGCCGCCGGAAGAGUUCGUAGACCCUAUCACGUGUGAGGUGAUGCUGUUACCGAUGGUGCUGCCGUCGGGUCACACGGUCGACCAGGCGACGCUAGAGCGCCAUGAGCGCGCCGAAGCCGCCUGGGGUCGGCCGCCUGGUGACCCGUUCUCGGGGGUGCCGUUCGGCGCCGGCUCGCGGCCGGUGCCGGACGCCGCACUCAAGGCGCGCAUCGACCAUUUCCUGUUCGAGCACGCCGACAAGUCAGCUGAGCUGGCCGCCGUCGGCCGGACGGUGGGACGCGCCCGGCUGGCGUCGUUCCAGCCGCGGCCGCCGCCGGCGCCGGCGCCCGCCUGCCGUUGCGGCGCCGCCACGACGCUCUACUCGUUACCGUGCAAGCACGCCGUCUGCCGCGCCUGCCUACUGCGUCUACCGAAGGCGGCAGAGUGCGCCACUUGUGGCCAGGCGUUCAGCAAGGGCGACGCCGUCCGCCUGCACAGUUGACAACUGACGGCCGAUUAAGGUCAUGAUUCUCUGUAACGCCACUUCUGACUUUCGACGUGUAGGUUCCUUUGUGUAUCAGUAAACAUGUCGAUUUUGUGUAGUUUUAGCCAAAGAGCCAAAUGCUAGCGUCAAGGUAUCAUUUUUUUGGUAACUUAGACCCACGUAUCAUGAAAUACACGAAAUCUAAUUAU